CCGCUAUGCUAGCCCCGCUGGAGCCAGAGGUCGGAAUCAUGAACCGUGCAAGCUAACAGGCUUGUCGAUAAAGAAUUGAGGUGAAGGAAAUUACUGGAGACAGGAGUGCGGAUAUGUCACGGUUUGUUUUGGAAGAGUUUUCCGAUUUCGGAGAUUUCUCUGGAAACCAGAAGCUGAGUGAAUUGCUAAGUUUUUCUAACGAUGAGCGCAGCAGGAGCAGGCUGUCAGAUGUUCGUGUGAGCCCAGAUGGACGUCACAUCCAUGUCCUCCUCCGCCAGCCUAAGGUUGGUCUCAUGACUUUUGACAGGCAGGAAAGACCCCAGCUGGCUCUCAACCCGAAGAAGUUAGAUGUGUGGUUGAAAGGCGGGCACCCCAUAGUGGACGUUUUCUACCUGGACCUGAACAGAGCCAAGGGGGCGGGAGCUGUUGCUGUGGUCGUUUAUGAGAAUGGGAAAGCAGAGUUUUGGAAAUUCUUGGAGUGCAAGACUGGCUGGCAUCUGCUGCAGACCUCGGAUCUGUGCAACAGCCCCCGGGCCAGAGUUGUGUCUGUGAGCGCCUGCUCCAGCAUCCUGGUGUGGUGUGAGGAGCGACCAGCCUCAGAAAGCUCUCCUGUCCUCAGCUCCUCCAGGAACAAGCUGAGAUACUGCGUCUGCAGACGGGACUGGGAGGUGGAGGAUGGAGCGGUGAGCCUUGGAGGGCUGAAAAUCAUCCUGCACAAUAAUCCUAAAUAUACGGUCAUCAGCUCAGGGGAUUAUGUUCAUCUUCUGCCUUAUCUAAAAAUCAAAUCGCAGCUAUGCGUCUCCAAAUUCUUCCUAACGUGGUCUCCUCACCACGAUUCCUUCACCAUCAACACCUUGUGCAAAAACACCCCAAUAAAGAAGCUUUCAGCCAAAGAAUCUGACUUUAGGCGGCUGGUUACUGAUAGUUUGGGAUAUUUAUCGGACGUUGAGCCUCCAGAAAUCUGCAGCUUUUCUCCUACAGGCUGCGGAGGCCUGCUGCUGCUCCUCAGUACAGGCUGGCUCUAUCUCCUGCAGAAGGACGGAAUAAUGCGACAGGUGUACAAGCUGGCUGAAAACUUUAUGCUUCAGGACUCUCACAUCAGCCUGUGCAUGUAUGCAGACACCGUGGCACUAAUAGCUGGGAAAACCCUGCAUCUCUUAGAGUUGAACUGUGGUAGAGAGCUGCAAAAGGUCGCAUUAAAGAGAGAAGGGUUGUUAUAUUCAAACCAGACUGAAAGAGGGAUUCCUCAUCUGCUCUCAGACACUGGACUUUUUAUGCUUGUGGAGAAGGACCCUACAGGGAAGCCUCUUGGUUCUGGUCCGGUGGAGGGUGUGCAUCCUGGAGCCCUCCUGGUUGAAGCCGUGUUCGAGGAGGCCUGCAAAUACUACCAGCAGAGGAGCCUCAGCAGCACGCAGCUCACAGUGGACAUCCUAAAGAAAGGGGGGCGGUUCCAAGCCCCCAUCUCUUUAGCAUCUGUCCUCAGGAACUAUCUCAACUCAGGGUUGAGGAGGAAUGACACAGAGGCGAUACAGAAUGGAGCAGAUGAAUAUAUUGCUGCACAUGAGAAAUUAAUGUGCUCCCUGGAGGGCGAGCUCAGGGCUCUGGUCUCUCUUGAGGAGCUGAAGGGUAGUUUAGUGAGGGGGAGCGUUAAAGAGGUGGAGGCGGUGUGUGAGAGUCUGGUGGAGAAGGAGGUGGUGAGGUUGCUGUCGUCACCUGAGCUGAACAGAGAAGCAUUGCUCUACCUGAACUCCAUCUUCAGCAUCUUCCCCAGCCAGGCGUGGAGAGCUGCACAGGCAGCGCUGCAGCUGCACUACAACGGGGACGGCUCCCUGUCCAGCAAGGCCUCCACAGAUGUGUGGAAAACAGUCCUCAGUCCGUGUCCAAACUCCUUUCUGUUUGCAAACGGACAGUCAAAACACAGCCACAGUCUGAGAGGCGAUUUCAACUGUAAGGUCAAACCUGCAGCUCCCACCUCCCCUGCUGCUCUGCCUGUGUUUGAGCUUCUCUGCCAGUCGGUCUUUCACUUCCAGCCCAGCUGGCUCCCGAGGUUUUUGGAGCUCUCCCAGCAGCAGCAGGGCUCCGCAGUGUUGGGACUGAGCCUGGUUUCUUCCUCCUGGGGCCUUUCCAGUGGGAGAGGAGGGGAGGGCGGGGAGAACAACGUGCCUCUCUAUAAGCGAGCGCUCUGGGUCCUGUCCAACCUGAAUCCAGAUGGAGAUCAACGCCAGGAGCUGGAGGUGGAGCUGCUGCUGGUCAGUGGGCGGCCCAACGCCAUCCUGCAGGCCCUGAGGAUCCUCAUGGGCAAGCGUCAGUGGGAGAGAGUCACCCAGGUGGCCCAGCAGUUCUGCAAACAGAGCCCGCUGCUCAACAAGGAGAUUUUCACCUCUCUGCUGUGCGAGGUGGCUCAGCACCGGGAGCUGGACCCGUACCUGGAGCUGCUGUGGGCUUUAUGCCCUGAAGACUUCACCGUCACCACUAUCCUCAACCUGGUGCUCAAAAACCUUCCCUCCAGCUGCAGCGCCUCACCCCACACCCCUUUUGCAGACACCCACAGCAGCCAGCUAACCAUAGGGCACCUGAAGCCGCUGCUGAGAAAAGUUCUGCAGAGGGAGACGAAGCCCAGCCAGCGCUACGCCGACAUCCUCCAGUCCCCUUCAUACCCGCCUCCCGCUCUUCCCCGCCAGCCCGCGGAGCAGGCAAGCUCCAUAUUCAAUGGGAACGUGGACUCUGCGCCGUCUCUUCAUGCAGAAACAGAUGAACAGACACCGCCUGCUAACACAAACACUCAGAGGUGCGAUGCGGUUCUGGCUGCUGCCCCGCUUGGAUUUACAUGAAACUGUACUAAGGAGGGAGAACUAAACGUGUCCAAACUGAAUGUCUUACUUUUAGCACAAAAAAAUAUGAAAAUGUUGAAGAUUCAUUGGUGUAUUACCUAACUGACGAAACUGAGUGGCUUUUUAAAAGGUUGUCAGUUGAAAUCUGAAAAGUGAAAUCUAUCAAAAUGACUACUGAAGAUCCUACGAGUGUAAAUAAUCCCGUUUAAUCCUUUGAUGUAAAUACUAAAUCCCCCAAAUUAUUUAUGUUUUAAACCUUCGCAGCAUAGGAACAAGACUGUUCUUAGCACCAGCCUAUUUAAUACCAUCCUUACUAAAUUAAAUUAAUAAAAUGUAUUGUAAUAAGACAAUAGAACUACUUGAGAAGUAACAUAUUUACUAAUCUGCUGAAUAAAUAGUCUGGAAAACAUAAAACAAGCUAAUUAGACAAAACCUUUUUUGUUUUACUAUUCUGCCUAUUUAAAACUCCCCAAACUGAAAAUGUUUAUAUUGAUCUGAAAUAGUGUCAUGUUAUAUUUAUUUACUUUCAUUUAUACAGGUAAUCUCAUCCCCUUAUUAGUGGAUAUUAACUACCUACACCUUCCCAAGCCUCACGCUGUUGUUACCGUCGCCGUUUACUCGAUGUCCUACGCCAAUCCAGCUAAAGUUAAUUUAACGGCUAAAAUAUGAUUAACUUUUGGCUUUGAAUUCCUCUGAGCAUCUUGUCUCUUUUUACAAACUUCCUGCGAUGAGACAGCAGCCCACUACAGGUGAGCGAACUGCAGCAUUUAAUAUCUUAACAAAACUAUGCCUUAAAAAGAGAUGAAUGCCACUCUGAAAUGUUCCUUCUCCUACAGGGUUAUUUAUCUCUUUAGCCUUAGCAUAUACUGGUGUCAAUGUGUUCAGUAAAUAUAAGUUGUAUCAGCAAAUAUGCAGUAUUUUAUUUAAAGAGCAGCAGGU